CCCGGAGCGCGCAGCAGAAGUCGCUAGAAACGUUGAGAGAUGAUGCGUCACUGCGCGGAUCCUGUGCAGGUUGACAGAGCGGCGCAUAAACAGCUAGCUUCAGUUUUUAUGCAUUCGCUUUGAUUGAACUUAAAUUCAAAACAAUACCACAGGCGAGAGUACGCAAGUGGCAACGCAGAUUUUGGUGAAAACUGAAAGAAGAUAUCGACAUGCAGCCAGCAACUGCCAAGUGGUAUGACAGACGGGAGGCUGUCUUCAUUGAAUUCUGUAUAGAAGACAGCAAAGAUGUCCAAGUUAAAUUUGACAAAACAAAGCUUGAUUUCAGUUGUGUUGGAGGAACAGAUAACAUCAAACACCAUAAUGAAGUAGAAUUAUUUGAGUCCAUUGAUCCAAAUGAGUCUAAACACAAACGAACAGACAGGUCUGUGUUUUGCUGUCUAAAAAAAGCAGAACCUGGCAAGGCUUGGCCAAGAUUAACAAAAGAAAAAGCAAAGCUUAAUUGGCUCAGUGUUGACUUCAAUAACUGGAAGGAUUGGGAGGACGACUCAGAUGAAGAAUUGAACAGUUUUGACCGUUUUUCAGAGAUGAUGAACAACAUGGGUGGGGAAGAUGACCUACCAGAUGUGGAUGGUGCAGAUGAUGAAGAGUCUGCGGAUAGUGAUGAUGAAAAAAUGCCAGACCUUGAGUGAAGGAGGAGCCAACAAUGCAGAAGAAAGCAAGAAUUUUCACUUAACACUUAAAUGAAGAGAGAGACUAAGUUUGAGUUGGUAGCCAUUUAAAAACUGCAUCGUUUUUGAAACUGUUUUUCAAGAUCUUUCUGCAGAAAGUCACGAGGGAUGAAUUUUUACUGUUGUGUUGAUGGCAACAUCAGUCCCUCGACAAUGCACUCUUUAUUUUUCUGUUCUGCAUGGACAAUUACAAGCUCUCGAUGAUGUAUUGUGGACACCAUUUAUAGUCAGUUUACUCAAUGGCUUUUACAGUCUUGGGCUUUUUCUUCAAUGUCAGUUGGGGUUAUUGCAUCAUGUAACCGUAUACAUUGUAAUUUGUAGUAAUGGAAAAAGGACAUGAAGGAUUUUUUCAACAUAUUCUGCCUUCGCCCUCUCAUUCAAACCGAAAAUUUUAUUUAAUAGUGUUUUUUUGUUUUGUUUUUUGUCAUGAGGCUAAUUUCCUUGUGUGUGAGUGAAGGAAUAAUUGUCUUUGGGCAAAUGCUACUUCAUUGCAAAUGCCAGCCAAGACACUAGGCUUUCACUAGUGCUGUGUUUGAAAUCAGAUUGGCAUAUUCAAUUGCACUGCACUUGAACUGAUUCAUCGAUAAACCCCCUAUUUUUUUUUGUUUUAGUCGCAGUUUUGCCCCUCGGAUAGGUUUAUGUGUCAAUCCCAACAUGUUCAAAGUACAUAGUCCUCUCUGUACACGCUGCUUUAUACAAUUAUUUCAGGUUGGCAGUUAGUAUCUGUUGUUUUGUAUCACAUUUGGAUGUGUAGCAGGCAAUGUACACUGGUUUCUUCCAUAUAUGUAAAGAGAAGUGAUUAAAAGAAGCAUAUGAAUCACCGCUGUACAGAACAAAGGGUAACUUAUCAAUAGAUGACCAAUUUUGUGUUUGCACUCUUAAUAUCAAUGCAGGUGUGUCUAAAAGAUGAAAACAAUGUUGUGACCCGUCAAUUCAGUUUAUAAAUUUCAGUUUGUUAAAUGCAGUGAGGUUUUUGUCUACAUAUUUCUAAUAAACUGUCUCUAAACAACA